AUGACCACCGAGUUGAUCACUGCCAAGCAGGGUAUCGACCUGCUUGACGGUAACGACGUUCUGAGAAAAUCCAAGAAGGGUAAGCUUCCAAUCGUCGACGAGGAGGGUAACCUUGUUUGUAUGGUUUCGCGUACCGAUUUGCAGAAGAACUUGGAUUACCCAUACGCUUCCAAGUCGUUCAAGUCCAAGCAGCUGCUGUGUGGAGCUGCCAUUGGUACUAUCGAGGCUGACAAAGAGAGAUUGACCAAGCUGGUUGCUGCCGGUUUGGACGUCGUCGUCUUGGAUUCCUCGCAGGGUAACUCUGUGUUCCAGCUGAACAUGAUCAGAUGGAUCAAGGAGACCUUUGCUGACUUGCAGGUCAUCGCUGGUAACGUGGUGACCAGAGAGCAGGCUGCUUCCCUGAUCGCUGCUGGUGCAGACGGUUUGAGAAUCGGAAUGGGUUCCGGCUCCAUCUGUAUCACCCAGGAGGUCAUGGCCUGUGGUAGACCUCAAGGUACUGCCGUGUACAACGUGUGCGAGUUUGCAGCCAAGUUUGGUGUCCCCUGUAUCGCUGACGGUGGUGUCCAGAACAUUGGUCACAUCACCAAGGCCAUUGCCCUGGGAGCCUCUUGUGUCAUGAUGGGUGGUAUGUUGGCUGGUACCACCGAAUCCCCAGGUGAGUACUUUUUCCGUGACGGUAAGAGACUCAAGGCCUACAGAGGUAUGGGUUCCAUCGAGGCCAUGCAACAGACCUCUACCAACGCCAAUGCCUCCACCUCCAGAUACUUCUCCGAGAGUGACAGCGUUUUGGUUGCUCAGGGUGUUUCUGGUUCUGUUGUCGACAAGGGUUCUGUGACCAAGUUCAUUCCAUACCUGUUCUCUGGUCUCCAGCACUCUUGCCAGGACAUUGGAGUCAAGUCCACCGAGGAACUUCAGCAGAAGGUACAAAGUGGUGAUGUCAGAUUCGAGUUCAGAACCCCAUCUGCUCAGUUCGAGGGUGGGGUCCACAACUUGCACUCUUACGAAAAGAGACUUCACAACUAG